UACUCCUUUCCCUGCGGAGCACGGCUGAGUCAGUCAGUCUGUCGGAGUCAGUCUUCCGAACAGGCGACGCCGGGUACUUCGGAGAGCCAGCUGCUGGAUUAUUCUGUGUCCCCUCCCACUCUCCCGCCCUCCGUCUCUCUUCACCCUUCUCCCGCCCUUGCUCGUGCAACCAUGGCGGAGUCGUCAGCGGCCACUCAGUCCCCGUCAGUCUCCUCGUCGUCCUCCGGGGCCGAGCCGUCAGCUCUCGGCGGCGGGAGCCCUGGAGCCUGCCCCGCCCUGGGGGCGAAGAGCUGCGGUUCCUCGUGUGCGGAUUCCUUUGUUUCUUCCUCUUCCUCUCAGCCUGUAUCUAUAUUUUCGACCUCACAAGCGGGAUUGAGCUCUCUUUGCUCUGAUGAGCCACCUUCAAAAAUUAUGGCUUCCUCAUUUCUUUCAUCUUCUGAAAUACAUAACCCUGACCCUACAACACCGCUUGGAGAAAAGAGUGAAACAUUAGGCAGCCAGCUUGUUCUAGCUAAAGGAAAAGACCCCUUGGUUCUUCUAGAUAAGAAAAAGCUGGACUCAUCUCAGGGGACCAACAAGGACAGAGUAGAAGCUCCGGUUUCUCUUGCAGCUGGCAUUCCUUGCAGCCACCCUUCUAUACCAGACAGUUUCCCAGAGCAGCCUGCUUUUCUGUCAAAAGAAAUUGGUCCAGCAGAAGAGUGGGUAGUUAAAGACCAAGAACCCAAGAACCCAAACAAGGUUCCAAAUGGGGAGGACAGAAGUGCACUGGAUUUGGGGCAGUCUAAGGCAGAACACAUUUGUACAUAUUCCUUGUCCCCAUCUGAACUUUCAGUAGCCAGUGUAGAAAAAGAUUCUCCUGAGUCACCGUUUGAAGUAAUUAUUGACAAAGCAACAUUUGACAGAGAAUUUAAAGAUUUGUAUAAGGAAAACCCAAAUGAUUUGGGUGGCUGGGCAGCUCAUGGUGAUAGAGAAUCCCCUGCAGACUUGUUGGAAAUGAAUGACAAACUCUUUCCACUGAGAAAUAAAGAGGCAGGGCGUUACCCAUCCUCUGCACUGCUCAGUAGACAGUUCUCACACACUACAGCAGCACUGGAAAAGGUGUCUAGAUGUGUGAAUGAUAUGCAUAACUUUACUAAUGAAAUACUGACUUGGGACUUAGAUCCCCAAGCAAAACAACAGGCCAAUAAAACAUCUUGCACCACAGAAAGUACAGGACUAGACAGGAGUGAACAUCGCUCAGAAAUUCCAGUUAUAAAUCUUAAAACAAACUCUGAACAGAAAAUGCCUGUAUGUUCUUUUAAUGGGAGCACUCCCAUUACCAAAUCCACAGGUGACUGGACAGAAGCAUUUACAGAACCUGUAAGAGACUACCUCAGUUCCACAAAAGAAGCUGGUGGCAAUGGUGUGCCAGGCAGUCCUCAGCUUUAUUCAGAGCUGCCUGGCUCUAUGCCUGAGAAAUGGGUCUCAGGCUCUGGAGCAGCCAAAGUGGAAGUGACUUUACCUAACCUAAGGAGUGCCUGGCCUAACUCUGUGCUGGGGGAAGUCACAGAGGUUGAUAGUUCUGGAGAAUCUGAUGACACAGUAAUAGAGGACAUCACAGAAAAUCCCUCAGUUAAGAACAUCAAAGUUUUGCCAGAAAAACCUGACUCCCUUCCAAGUGCUGCUGCAAAAACAAGUGAAAGGGAAAUCAAAGAGACUCCCAGUCAUGAAACUGUGAAGAGUGAAAUGUGUGAAAACUCUGAGCAGCAGCAGGCCCAGCCAGAAACUCCUACUCAGAGGAGUCUGGAAGGUGAGGUGUCUUCACAAGUACCUGAUACCCUGAAUGAAGUCACACCUGAAAAGCUUGAUAUGACUAACAACCAAGUUUACUCAGCAGCACCUCCAAGUGUUCUUAAUGAGACAGGAUUCUCACUAACUGCGCCAGCUUCUGCCAAGUUGGAAUCUUUGCUUGGAAAAUAUGUUGAAGAUACAGAUGGUUCCUCCCCAGAGGACUUGAUGGCUGUCCUCACAGGAGCCGAGAAGGGGAUAGUGGAUAAAGAGGAAGGUGAUGUUUUGGAAGCAGUGUUAGAGAAGAUAGCAGACUUUAAAAACAUUUUGCCUGUAGAACUCUUGCAUGAAAGUGAGCUAAGUGGUUCUGAAACCAAAAAUAUUAAAAGCAAAUACAGUGAAGACAACAGAGAAACAAAUGGAGGUGCCCCCAUGAUGUCUCCCGACCUAGAGCAGGAGCAGCUCACCAUCAGAGCCAUUAAAGAGUUAGGAGAAAGGCAAGCUGAGCAGGUGCAGGAAGAAGGAAUGUCUUCUGGAGGAAAACUCAAGCAAGCCUUUGCUCCACAGUCUGGGCCACAGAGUUCAUCUGACAUCCUAGAACACACAGAUAUCAAAAGUGGAUCUAAUCUUGGAAUUCCCAAAAAUCCUACUAUCAUCAAAAACACUAGAAUAGAUUCUAUUUCCAGCCUUACCAAGACUGAAAUGGUUAACAAGAAUGUUCUAGCAAGACUUCUCAGUGAUUUCCCAGUGCACGAUCUGAUUUUCUGGCGAGAUGUGAAGAAGACUGGGUUUGUCUUUGGCACCACACUGAUCAUGCUGCUCUCUCUGGCAGCCUUCAGUGUUAUCAGUGUGGUCUCUUACCUCAUCCUGGCUCUUCUCUCUGUCACCAUCAGCUUCAGAGUCUAUAAGUCUGUCAUUCAAGCUGUGCAGAAGUCAGAAGAAGGACAUCCAUUCAAGGCCUACUUGGAUGUGGACAUUACCCUGUCUUCAGAAGCUUUCCACAACUACAUGAAUGCUGCAAUGGUGCAUGUCAACAAGGCCCUCAAACUCAUUAUUCGUCUCUUUCUGGUAGAAGACUUGGUUGACUCCUUGAAGCUGGCUGUCUUCAUGUGGCUGAUGACCUACGUUGGUGCUGUUUUUAAUGGAAUUACCCUUCUGAUUCUCGCUGAGCUGCUUGUCUUCAGCGUCCCAAUUGUCUAUGAGAAGUAUAAGACGCAGAUUGACCACUAUGUUGGGAUUGCCCGGGAUCAGACCAAGUCAAUUGUUGAAAAGAUCCAAGCAAAGCUUCCUGGAAUUGCCAAAAAAAAGGCAGAAUAAGCAUGUGAAGCGAGAAGUGCAACAGUUACUAAAACACCAUUUAAUAGUUAUAACAUCGUCACUUGUACUAUGAAGGAACUUGCUCAGUGUCAGCUAGAGUUUGGUUC